AUGAUAGCAGAUGAAUCGUGUGCUUGUGCUUACAUACCAAUCCUUGUGAGAAAAAACCAUAAAAAAACAAUGCAACGCUCAGAGAACUACCACGCCUACAUAUCAAAAGUUCACAGGUCACACAGUGUUCUCCCUGGUGUUCCUCGCUACCCCAAUGCUCACCUGGCCUUCAACAAUGGCCACCACAACCCACACUCUAAUGAGAGGGUUGAGACGGUAGAGCAUGAUGAGACUGAGGAUUAUGAAGUCAUGCACCAAGAAAGAGUGGAAGUUGAAAGGACUCAGGGCAACCCCGGGAAGAACAAGGGUCGUUUUGAAUUGCACAAGUGGAAGACCUACAGGCCUUAA